GUCUUAUCACUACAACCUGACUGCCUGUAGAAACUAACCACGUGUCCAGUUGUCUACCUAAAACGGCGUAGUUUAUAUCUAACAAAAGAUAUUUUCAACGACCACCAUUAUUACAAAAAGUCUACGACGGCAAAACGAAAAUCCACAGGCGGAGAAAUCAAAAAACCAAAAAUCCAAUCUUUGGAUUCUUACUUCUACGAUUUGUGUGUUUCCUCAAACCCAAAUGUCUCGUCUCCCGAUUUUAAUCGCUUCGUGUCUCUUCCUCUCUUCACUCACCGCCGCCGUCGUCACCGCCGCCGAAUCCGAUACUCCGACGGCUUAUUCACUCCUCCAAAGCUACAACUUCCCCGUCGGAAUCCUUCCAAAAGGAGUCGUAGCUUAUGAUUUAGACACAACAACAGGCAAAUUCCAUGCGUAUUUCAACGAUUCAUGUAGCUUCAAUCUUGUUGGUUCUUACCAAUUGAAUUACAAAUCAACAAUCAGUGGUUACAUCUCCGAGAACAAGCUCAAGAAAUUGACUGGUGUUAAAGUCAAAGUUUUGUUCUUGUGGCUUAACAUCGUCGAGGUUAUUAGAAACGGUGACGAGAUGGAGUUUUCCGUUGGGAUCACAUCGGCGAAUUUCGCGAUCCAAGAGUUUUUGGAAUCGCCUCAGUGUGGUUGUGGCUUUGAGUGCAAGGAUUCGAAAUUGGACAUGAUUGAGAGAAUCCCUUUUCUUUCUUCGUCUUGAAAUUGAAAAAGGUACAAUCUUUUUUUGUAAUUUGUCCCCAAAAAAUCUUACCUUUCGAAAAGAUCGCAUCUUUUAUGUAUUGUCCAAUAAUAUGAGCGUAGUGUCUGGAAUUUGUAAUUGUUUACUUUAGUUCUAUUUAUUGGAUUCAAGUUCUGUAAUGGUGAAAAGAAAAGAUACUGAAGGGAGAUGUGAACAUUGUGAAGUGAACAUUUGUAAUCUUAGAUUGAAUGUUUUCAUUUUUGUUCAUAAGGUCCUUUACUCCUUAUUUGUAUUGAUUUGGUUUGGAUGUGCUGGGAAUUAGGAUGGAGCUGCAGUUAGUAGG